GGGGCCGGGAUGGCACUGCGGGUGGUGGGGGUCCCGCCGGCUCUGCCGGCUGGUGCGUGCCCGCGGGGCCGGCGAGGAACAAGCAGGGGUGGCGGUACUCCCCGGGGGCCCGGCGAGCAACUCCGGGGAAUAAAAGCGAGCGGAGUCGCGGCGGAACGGGCUUUGUUCCGCAGGUGGCGGCUGCCGUGGGGGUGCGCAGCUGCGGUUUCGUUCUCCAGGACCGCGGUUGGCCGCCCUGCGCAGCUGGAGAGCCGCUUCCUGAGCCACGGACGGCCCCGGGCAAUGGCAGAGCCGUCGCGGGGCGGCAGCGGGAGCUUGGCAUUGUCUCCGAGGGUGCAGAGGCUGCAUCGAAGGCUGGAGAAGCCGUGCGGUUGGUUGGGUUCCCUGUUUCUACAUUCGGUGCUAUCAAUACAUUGCAAUGAAAGACCAGAAGCUGCCCAGGAUCACAAAGCAACACCUUUGUCAGUUUUAAAAUACCUACCAAAGUGUAUUACAGGGAUUCUUUUGUUACCCAGGGAACUCCUAAAGAGGGGCAUGCAAUUUUCAAAUACUCAGUCUCUUUGGUCAGGAUGUGACUCAUACUCCAAGAUUACAGAAGAUAGCAAUUUUUCGCCAAAAGCCAGCACCAGUAAGCUGCCGACAGAUGCAUCUCCUGACUCCAAAUGCCCCAUCUGCCUGGAUAGAUUUGACAACGUUGCAUAUCUAGAUCGCUGCUUGCACAGGUUCUGCUUCCGCUGUGUCCAGGAAUGGUCAAAAAACAAAGCAGAAUGCCCACUCUGCAAGCAACCCUUUUUUUCCAUUUUCCAUACGAUUCGUGCUGAAGAUGACUUUAAGGAGUAUGUACUCAGCCCUUUAGAAACUAGCUCCUUUGCCAGCCCUGAUGGCCGGAGAUUUCGUUAUCGCACUACCUUAACGCGGGAGCGCCGCGCGCGCAGUUCCCCUUCCCGACGGAUGCUGUCCCCUCCAGAUAACGGGAUGCUGUUUGAAGGGUUGUCGAGUGAGCCAACGCGCCAGAGACACAGAGAGAUUCAGCAGAUGAUCAGGAGGCUGGCCUCAAGGAGAAAGGCCAGCGCAGAGGGCAGAUCUCUGCGACAGAUUCAGGAGGAGGACAUAAUCAACUUCCGCAGGGCUCUGUACCGCACUGGCGUGCGCAUCCACAGCAUUCAGGACGGUGGCCGCCAUCGAGAGAUUUCGGCAGAGUUCUUCCGCCACAACCCUGCUUGCCUUCACCGCUUGGUUCCUUGGCUGAAGAGAGAACUUACAGUCCUGUUUGGUGCCCAUGGAUCUCUGAUUAAUAUUGUGCAGCACAUAAUCAUGAGUAACGUAACUAGGUAUUAUGAUCUGGAAAGCCAGGCCUUUGCUGAUGAUUUAAAGCCAUUUUUGCUGAAUCAGACAGAACACUUCCUGCAUGAAUUCAUCAGUUUUGCUCGUUGUCCUUUUAACUUAGAAGCAUACAAUCAGCAUGCCAAUUAUGACUGUCCUGCACCAUCAUACGAGGAAGGAAGCCACUCAGACUCAUCUAUUAUUACAAUAUCUCCAGAUGUGGUGUACCCACAAGGGCCAGAUAAUAGUCUGUCUGUACCUGGUCUUGGGCAGGCCCCCUGGGAUGAUGAAACUCCAGGGCCUUCCUAUUCCAUUUCAGAAGAGGUUCGUGCAACCGUAGCUUCUCCUCUGGAGUCAUCAGAAAGUUCUGAUGAGGACUCUGCUUCAGGGAGUCGGGGAACCAAACUGCAGACUGGCUUACAGGCUAGUGCUGACUCAGACGACAGUGGCUCUUCCUCAGACAAUUGUGUCAUUGUUGGGUAUGUUAAGCCAUUAGCUGAGAGAACCCCAGAAGUGGUUGAGCUGUCCUCUGACUCUGAGGAGUCCAUCAAAGAAGAGAAAAGGGAAGAUGUCAAGAAACAGCUACCAGUCCAGUGUCACAGCUGGAGUGACAGUGAACCAAGCAGGAGCUUCUCACCUCAUUCCCCAACAUACAGGGAGGAUAAGGGGAAGUGUUCCUACCCAAGUGGGACAGAAAAGAGAGCAGAGAGGGAAAAAGCGAGGAAGAAGCAGAAGACGGGGCCAGGUCGCUGCGCCCGCUUAGGGUCAGCUGAGCGGCCGGAGCUCGGCAGCUGCGAGCAGCUCAGGGCUGCGCAGCUCUUGCAGCGUCCGGGCGCGGUUCCCGAGCGGCGGCGGCGGCGGCGGCGGCGCGUUCCCGGCGCGGGCGAGCGAGCAGCGGGCUGGGGCACGGCGGCAGCGGGGCGGCGGUGCCGGUGCGGGCAGCCCCGGGCAGGGAAGCUCCGCAGCGCUGGGAUGCGGCGGCACGGGCUGCCGCGGGGAAGCGGCGCGGACAGGGAGCGGGACCGCAGGCAGGGAGAGGCCGGGGGCGAGGAGGGCCGAGCCGACAUGCCUCCGAGAAACUAA